CGGACAUUAUCUUAUGCCAGAUUUUAUGACAAGAUCGGAACGCGGUUGCGUGGCCAAGACUAUGCUUGCCCAAAUACCCAAGCGACUCCUCGUGGCCGGUCGCAGCGAAAUCCCCCCAAUGAUCAUUGUUCGAUAGCUCCCGACGAACGUCUUAGCGGCCCCUUCUCACCAAGCGCAUGUCCAUCGUCCCGGCUGGUUAUGGUCGGCUCGUCUAUCGGCUGUUCUGUUGCCUCCAGCCUGGUCUCGCAGACACAAGAAUGCGAGACAAGGGACAGAUGCAAAGGGGAAAAUGGAAGCGACCUGGACCAAAUUGGACCAUCUGCCCGCUGCUGCAAAAAUUGCUGGGAGGAUUCUCGAUGCACAUCAUGUCCUAAAGUAGUCGACCUCAGCCCACAGCACCAAAGUGUCAGUGGUACAACCCGAAAGAAUGCCGGUCGAUUCUCAACAGCUCCAACAGCAAGUCUCCUGCAAUUGAGUGCAGAAGCGGAAGAGCUUCCUGCAGAUUUUACCUUAGCAAGCCAACCGAACCAAAGACGGGCUGCCUACCCCCAUCCACAUGGCAUCUUGCCCCAAAGCCCUCUUCUCCCCCCCCCCCCUCCAAGCCCAGAUGAGGGUUGCAUAAGGGCAAAUUUGAUGUCCAUACGUACGUGCCUCUGUCCUGGAGCCCGUUUCCUCUGGAUGUUGUAG